UUGAUGACGUCUACACACAACUGACAGCGACAGAUCAACUAUAGAGACCGAGACAUUCAAUUUUUUUAAAGAAUUUAUAGCAUAUUCGUUGUUCAAAAACCAACUUGAGAGACUUCGCCGACAAGAUGUCACAACAAGGCGCUGCAUUACAGAGUUAUAACAACGAGUUGGUUAAAUGCAUAGAAGAUCUGUGUGCCAAGAGAGAUGCACUAAAUAAAGCACUGGAGGAAGAAGAGGAAGAAAAAAAUAAAGUUCAACAUGACAUUAGGAUUUUGACAGAAAGACUGGCAAAAAUAAAUGAAAGUUUAAGCAAGAAAAUGGCAUCUAGAAAUGAAUUUGAUAAAACCAUUGCAGAGACAGAAGCAGCCUACAUGAAGAUUUUGGAGAGUUCACAGACACUGCUAAAUGUGCUAAAGAAAGAAGCUCAGUCCUACAAGGAGAAAAAUAUUGUGAACCCAGGAGCAUCAGGGCAGAAGAUAGAGGGACGCUGACCUGUUGUAUUUGACAAUUCUGUGAUGGACCUAGUUGUGUUACAGGCAGUUUCAUUUCAUAUAAACUUAAGCAGAAAACAGUGGACUUUUUCCUGCAGAAAAUCCUUCAUUUUGCACUUUAAAGAUGUAUAUAACUGAUAUAUUGACAUCAAUCAUCAAUAAAUCAUCAAGCUAGAUGUGUGUUGUGUGGCCCCUUAACAUUCAGGGUCUCAACCCUAUUGAAUACAUGAAGAGAGAAACCCUUUACAGCAUCAUAUAUAUAUGUAUAGCAUAUGGCUUUAUUUAUAAUAUCUGAACAUUUUUGUGAAGUACUUUUUGUAAAUAUUAAGACGCCUUACAUUUUCACAUGAUAUGCAUAUAAAGAUUAUAGAUAUCUACAUGUUCUCCAAUAAAUGUUCUCUGUUGAUACAAAAGUAAGUCAUUGUCUUUGUAAUUGUCAUACCAUAGAAGGUGUACCCCAUUCUGAAGGUUGUGGGUCCAUGUGGAAUGUUUAUGCACUUCAUAAACCUUCCAAUACCGCAGCUAAUAUAAAUUGUAAAUUACUUUAAAAAAAAAAUUGCCAUUCCCAGGUGCAGUUAUGACUAGCACCUUGCUGUAAAGACUAAUCUGGCCAUUUUCAAUAGCGAGUAUCUUGAAAAGUUUUGCCCAAAAGGUGCUUGAUACAACAAACAUAUGUAUAAACAAAUAAUUGUUGCAUUACUGGUGUUACAUUUUCCUUGCCUUGAAACUGCUAUUACGAAUCAACUGGAUAACAUUGAACCUCCCCUGGGAGGCUCUUUAAAAUGCUUGAAUACAACCCCAAAAGGCAAAAAUAAGAUUAAGGGCAAAUACUUUUAUGCAAACGUUAUCAAAUUUUCAUUAUAACA